AAGAAUGCUAUUACAAUUGGGAAAACAGCACUUUAUCAUCUCUCUUGUUGGACUGAAGCAGAUAGAAUGGAUGGGGGAAAAGUACUGCUCACCACUGAGAUCCAUAGACAAGAUGCCCAGAAGGCUUUGUUGAAGACAUCUAAAGCAUCACAGCUUUACACCUGGUAUUUUACUGCUCCCAGUUUUGGAUGCAGCACCCAGACGUUUCUGAAGUACUUGGGAAAUGAGUGUUCUGCUCAUCGAAGCCUUUUAUGGUGGUUCCCACAAGCAGCUGAUGGACCUUCUCCAGGAGGAGCUGCAAGAAGACGCUGUCCUCUGUACGCUCCCUGCCAAGAAGUGGCAUUGGAAGGCAAGGACUGCAGCUCUUUAUUUCAUGCAAACGGUGCCAACAAGUGCUAAUUACAGGAUCCUCUUUGCAAGCUCGGUGCUUAACCUGGCUGAACUCGCCGCCCUCCGCCCUGACCUCGGCAAAUUGAAAAAGGUCCUCUACUUCCACGAGAAUCAAUUGGCAUAUCCUGUCCAGAAAUGCCAGGAAAGGGAUUUUCAGUACGGAUACAACCAGAUCCUUUCAUGUUUGGUUGCUGAUGUUGUGGUGUUCAACUCUGCUUUUAAUAUGGAAUCAUUUCUUACAUCCAUUGGAAAAUUUAUGAAGCUGAUUCCUGACCACAGACCUAAGGAUUUGGAAAAAAUAAUCAGACCGAAGUGCCAAGUCCUUUAUUUUCCAGUCAGGUUUCCCGACGUGAGCAGGUUCAUGCCAGAACAUAAGCUUGCCCAUUUGGAAAAGGUAAUUGGUGUUAAAAGAAAUGGAGAUGCUUAUCAAUCGGAAGGUCUGCUCGGCCAGCAGAAGAGCAGAGCUUUAAUGAAAACCAGCCACGAAGAUUGCGAGUCUGGACUUUGUGAAGCCCAGCCUGGGCUUUGUACCACCCAGCACGAGGGGCUGCCUUCCCCGUUAACGGCACCGCCGAGAUGGGCCGAGUCUGAAGCAUCAGAAAGCACAAAUCCUUGUCAAGAAGAAGAUAAGCAACGUCUGACUUUUAACCUCUCUAAUACCUUGAGUGGACGGGACUAUCAGCAAAGACCUUUACACGUUGCCUGGCCCCACAGGUGGGAACAUGACAAAGAUCCGGAAACUUUCUUUAAAGUCCUGAUGAAACUGAAAGAGAAAGAUCUACCUUUUCAUGUGUCCGUCCUUGGAGAGGCUUUCACUGAAAUUCCAGAUAUCUUUUCAGAGGCCAAAGAAGCGUUGGGAUCUUCUGUCUUGCACUGGGGCUACUUGCCCAGCAAAGAGGACUAUUUCCAGGCUCUGUGCAUGGCCGAUGUUGUCGUCUCGACAGCUAAACACGAAUUCUUUGGCGUGGCAAUGGUGGAAGCUGUCUAUUGUGGCUGCUAUCCGCUGUGUCCCAAAGCCUUGGUGUACCCGGAGAUAUUUCCAGCUGAAUAUCUGUAUUCUACACCUGAACAGCUUUUUAAAAGGCUUCAGAAUUUCUGCAAGAGACCAGAUAUUGUAAGGAAACAUCUCUAUAAGGGCGAGACGGCUGGCUUCUCUUGGGCAGCGCUCGGCGGUAAAUUCAGGUCUCUGCUCGCAGCAGAACCGAGGGAAGAUUUGUGACAGAUGGGGCUAAGUCACAAACUUGCAGCCUCAGGCAGAAUUGUGGAAGUUUCCAGAGUGUGCCCAUAUUUACCUGAUCAGAGAGAAAAGAAAAUCUGCAGAGGAAGCCGAGCCUGGCUGCUUGUCAUAGCUGACACAGAGCCAUCUGCCACAAACCUGUGGCGGCUUCAGAUCUCCAAUCCCUGCCACCACCCCAGCUCAAAUUAAAUACAGAUUCUUAGAGACGUUAUGAUGGUUACACAUGUCCUCGGCAUCACAUGCAGGAGACUGUUCAAAAAAAAUAUGUGGCCUGUUGUAUAACCGCACUCAUGUAUCCCAUAUGUGGUGCCACAUUGAAUUUCCGGUUGAAUCUGUUUUUAUCCUUUGUACUGGAUGACAUGGUGCCUGAAUUCUUUCUUUUCGCCGACACGAUGGCAGCCAAGCUGCAGCUUCAAACGCUCGCACUUGGCUGAGUUUCUACCUAGGUUGCCAGGUUAUCAUUGGAGCCUUAUUGUGUCCUCAAAGGGCCACAGGGCCUGAAAGGAGGAUCCCAACGCCGCCGGACUAAUUGGGCAGCCAUCGCCGGGUUGUUGGGAGGCAAAGGGCUGCUUUAGCACUUUUUUUUUUUCUUCCUUCUUUUUGUUUUUUUUUUUCUUCCUUCUAUUUUUUUUUUUUUUUUUUUUUUUGCAAAUUAAUGACUCUCUGGCACGGGGGUUUUUAAGUGAAGGUAUUAAUAAGGGGUCUGGCAGGUAAUCCCAUGAUUCGCGGAGUUACAUUUGCAUUUAAUUAAUCUUAAAGAAAGCUGAAAGAUAAACAGCUGUAAUUCAAACUAGCAUGGGAAAUAUGCUACAUGGUGCCAUCUAUCCGAUAAAAUGAAAGCCGAGACACUUGUUUUAUUUCUCUCAAGGAUGGAGAACAAACAGAUAACAGUCAAAAUACUUCCAAUAAAAACCAGUAGUUUAAAUGUAACGGCAGUUCAUCAAGAAUCUUUGCAUCCAGUUACAAAUUCAGUCUUUUAAAGAUAAAUCACUUAUGAUUCCAGCAGUCAAGCUGCUAUAUUUGUUGAUGUAAAAUGUUUUGAAGAUGUAGAUUGUACAAUAAAUUUUUAAUAAAGUGCCCACUGCAAUUUUUAAUUAGCAUAUCUCAUUCAUGUAUAAGUGUGUACAUCUAUCUGUGUGUUUAUCACUAUGCAUAUCCUUGUGUCAGAGUCAAUGAAUGCAAUUGUGUCUUUAUCUGAUGAAGUAGAAUCUGUUUUGCAAGUGAUAAUAAAACGUUACGACGAUUCCAAGAUUUCCAGCUCCGCUCUGGGAAGAAGCAAGAAGAGGACUCUGGGUAAGGCCUUCCGAUGCUCGGUAAGACCUCUCUUUGCAGACAGGUCUUUGCAGACCGGGCAGCAGCCAUCACCAUCUGUCCUUUGCCCGAGCACCAUCCACAGCGAGUGAAAGGCGUGGGCUGGUGCCCCUCAACACAUGUGUCUCCUGAUGCCAUUGAGAUGUUGACCUGUCCUUCUCCAGUGCAAACGAGAGCAUGCAGUACCUCUCUUUAAAAUUACUCCAUUCAGCAGUGAAAAAACCCAAGGGAGAUCCAACGGUAAGCGUUUGGUUAUUCUCCUAGCAGCGCCGAGUUGUCAUUUUGCAGUAACCAUCUAUCUUGUACGUUGGUUCCUCCUCAUUUCUGUUCGACUGAAGCCCAGUUUGGGUCUUUUGGGUGUUUCGUGUGGUUGAGUAGAAGCCGUCUUCUCCAGACAGCGUGCGUAGGUGUGGUAGUCAUACUUGGUAGAGCCAAAUAACAGGACUACUUUGCACUUCUUACCACAGCGUAUCAUAGACGUUCACUAAUUUUAUCACAUCUUCCACUGACGAGCAAAUUUUGGGUUUUACUGAUGGGGAAACUGAGGCAUGGUACAAUUACAGCGAAUCAGUUUGAGUUUCGCAGUGAGUCAUUCUCCAAACCAGUAAAAGGGAAAGAGGAGAUGCUGUAACGUUGUGCAAGGGCUGGUGGUGAGCAGACCCCAUGCACCAGAGCUCUGUGGUUUCGAGUUGAAGGUUCCUGCUCUCCUCGGUGCCCACCGCCAACGGAGGUCUCACCCAGCUCCUUGGCGAGGUGACACUCCGUCUUGGUUAUCGGUGAUGAUGACAUGGUACUUUAACCAUACGCAGCUCAGCCUGGUGCUUCAUCUUGGUGGAAAAUUUUCCCUCCGAGUGAUGAACCCUUGCAAAUAACGUUUUAUAAUAGAAACACUGGGAGAACUCUUAAUUGCAGGGUAAUAAAUAACAAUGCCACGUUAUCUUCUGAUAUUUCUUUACAGCCUUAGCAAAGAUGGAGAGCUGGUGUAGAGCAAGGAGGAAAAUGUCCUUACCGCAUCUCCUAGGACCUUCAGGUUGGCCACCCUGGCCUGUUUCCAGGUCCUCGGGUCAAGAGGGACUUCCAGGUGGUGGGAGGUGAUUGUCCCCUGAGGAGGUCUUCUCCCCACCAGCCCCGCCGGAGUCUGAAACAACCUGAGGAGUUUUGCCUGGCAGGUUCUGAAGAUGAAACGAGACGGCGGCUCCGCGCGGCUUCAUUUAAAGCCUUCACUUCAAAAGACCUGGCUUGUUACGUAGCCACUCGUGAUACUCCAGAACCACCCAUCACCUGAAGCAGAGCGUGUCCUACCCCGGUUUAUCGCAUGUCUGGCGUUAAUUGGCAGUGGCUCCGUCUGAGACCGUGAUCCAGUCAAAUCCUGUAGGCCACGCAGGUCUGGAAGGUAUUUAGAUCAGAAAACUCAUCCAAGCAAGAGGAGCAUUGGUUUGCCACUAAUCCACAGGAGAGCAGUACCUCCACAAGGUUAUUUGUAGAUUAUAAGGCCAAGAAAGGACUAUUUGGAUCAUCUGGUGUCACGUGUAUAACACAAGCCGUAUGACUUCCCUCAAUUAAUUCCUGUUUGAACCAGAAAACCUCAUCCUCUACCAGUCUAAAAAUUGUCAGCAAUGCAGAGGCCACCACAACCUUUGAUAUUAUUAGAUACGGUGCUUUUGGAGAUGUUUUCUUUCAAACAAGAAGCCAAAAGUGACGUCUCUCUCCUGUGAUUAUUAGAUACUUGUUGCCAGGGCAAGAAUAUCAGUCAGGGCACUGUGACCAAGGUCCCCUAAAUAUCAAUAUCUUUUUCUUGGGUUUCCCUCAUGGUCCCAUCUCAAUCUGGCAUCCUUUGUUUUGCCCAUUUGCUGGGGUUGCUCUUGGAAAGGGCAGUUCUUCAGCAGACACCACAGUGAUUUUGUUCACAGAGCGAUGGUCCAUUGAUAAGGAGUGGUCUCUGCACCUGUUUGCUGGGAUCCACCCCAGAUAACCAGCAAUGACAUUGCUAAAAUGACAACCAUACCUAUACUUAAAAGGCUUUGAAUUAUUGUGCAUUUUAGGGGUCUAAAUGAAAAAAAUAAAAAUAAAAUUAAUGCCAUUGGUGUAGGUUGUGAAACUAUGGCUGCUCCCUGGGAUGAAAGGCAACCAUAUGUGAGAUACGUUACUGAUUUCUUAUCUUCAGAAAAAUUUAUUCUUAGAGAGUACAGGGACAGAGUUGGGCUUGUGCCUGCCGUAGGGGUAGUGUUUCUUGGGUUGGUAGCACGAAGGGGGGGUUAGAGGAGAGUAGAUGCCAUUCCCCCACUAUACAUGAACGUAAUGAGCUCAGGGUUGGCAUUAUUGAGCUAAAAGGUCAGUUUUUAAUUAUAAGGAGAAAAGUGUGGUGUUUUGUUGUUUGUUUUUUUUUUUUUUAAAAAAAAAGAAAUCCUGUAGAACAUUAACACUGAUUUUUGCAGGCAUUCACCCUGGUUUGUACAACACCUACAUCUCCCUCUUCUAGCUGCACAGCCUAGGAAAUCUGGGAGAGAAAUAGCGCUUCUUAAAUGGUAAAAUAUGCUUUCUACUAAUGAGAUACCCACUUCUCCGCCCAGCACAAUAAUAACAAAAAGCCUUACAAGUGCAGUAAAAUUCAGCCUCUCAUCACCCCCCGCUCCCCACUUUUUCCUUUCUUGGAGGGUGGAAGGAGCAAAAUUAUUAGUGACUCUUCAUGGUGGGGAAGAGAGAGCCAUGGGGCGAUGGGACAUGGCUCCCCUCCCUCCCACGGGUACCAGAGCAUCCUGUGCCCAGGUGACCCAACCCCAUUGGGAAGUGAGGGACCUUCUCCCCAUCGUGACAUCCCCAGUGCCUGUGCCACUGGCAUCCAACAUGACAUCUUCAAGCGUGUCACCAAGAGGAUGAUCUUAAAGGUCUUUUCCAACCUAAACAAUUUGGUGUAAUUCUAUGUCUCUCCCUUCCUACACCCCCCUUGCCCCUCCACGUUUGGUGCAGGACCCCCCAACGAGUUAAAAGUCUAAGAGCUGUUCAGAAAGAGGUCAGUUAAUAAAUGGUGUCGGAAUCCUCAUCCCAGAUUUUUCUGCUUUAAACAUGCUGCAUAACUAACACUGUGACAUUUUGGCAAUAUGAUGGAGAAAAAAAAAAAAAAAAAAAAGCAACCUGUGCCAGCUGACUGAUGAGCACCCAUCUUUUUUAAUUAAUUGGGUUGAAAAAUGUUCUGGUGUCAGGUUUGAAUGUAGGGGCUCUUUCUGCUGCAUUUUUCUGGGUACAUAUAUAGAUAUAUCUAACUGCAGAUUUGAAAGCCCAGCGUGAGGCCUCAUAAAUGAUAAAAAUAUGUAUAUACUAGAAUUAUACACACACGCGCGUGCACAUAUUGGAUAAAUUGAUACUUAAACAUAUACGUGUGUAUAUAACAUUCUGUUCUCUGUUCUGAGAGAUAUUUAUAAAUAGAUUUUACAUAUAGCUAUUGCUAUUAUUCACAGCUCUAUGCGUGUGUGUACUGUAAAAUCUAGGGGUUUUUUUCCUGGUAUGCUUUUUAGUUUUUAGCAGAGUAAUAUAUCUGAUUUCUCUUUAAAUUAAAUGAAUUUAUUUGUCUGCCUUCCCUUAAUGGAAUCAGUUUUGAUAUACUCUUUGUUCAUGCUGUUACAGGCUUCAGUCUAAGGGCUCUUUGUAUUAACUUUUUUAAGUUACAUUACAAAGAGGUUUUAAGAUUUCCCAACAGGCUUUUAUUUAACCAGGGCUUUUGAUCUCAAACCUGCUGGGGCCUAGUGAAAUCCUUACCAAUUCUCCAGUAACUCCUCACUAUUGGAAUUUGAAAAGACCCACCUGAAGGAUUUAACUCGCUGUAUGGCUUCAGCCAUCCUUUAGAUGCUUCUAUUCAUGCAGACAGCGAGGGGGUCGAGGGCACCCUUUGUGAUCCUCCAAGUAGCCUAAGGUGCCCUUUGCAUAAGUUGUACUCCUGAGGAAAUAAAAAUCAGGAGGACACAAACCUAUAUACCUUAUUUCCUGCUAUCUUUACUUAAAGGAGGAGCACAGGGGGUCUGCUUAACAUCCUUUGCUACCUAAAUACCUUUUGGACAUGGGAACUCAAUAAAGGAACUUUCAUUGCAUCCAUUACCCUACUGCGGUGCAUAGCAAAUUAGAUUUAAAAGGGUACUUUUUCCCUUACAGCUAUUUCUAUCAUUUUCUUUAAAAUUUCAAUUUAGUGUCUAGUGACAGAAUAUUCUGUAAUGUACAUUAGAACUAUAUAACACCAAUUAUGCUAACUGUGAACAUUAUUUCAAAAGAAUUAGUUAUAUUAAGUUAUAGACAAACCGUUGGGAAAAAAAGGUCAGGUUAGGGAAAAAAAAAAAAAAAAGAGAGAGCUAUGUGAUAAUGUUUUAAAGGAGCAACAUGAAGUGAAUGCUCUUUUCAUUUUUUAAUCCUUUCAUUUUGCAUAACCCACACUGAAAUUCCACUACUCGCUGGGUCUCCGUCAUUUCGGCAGGGGGAUGGCAUGUAGGGUACAGCUACUAAUCGUGGUGUAAAACCUACAGCUGAGUCUUGCAGUUGUGGAGCAACAUCAUUUCCUCUGUUUUUGGGAAAUGGGAUCGCACAAAUUCAUGAAAAUUCUUUUGGCAGACGCUCUUGACCAAUACAUAGAACAAAAAAAGGAAAAAAUGCUGUCAGACCAAGCUCGAAAGAAUAUAACAACUAAGCGCAUUCUUGUCACAUUUUUGGUUGCCUGUUCUCAUUCUCACGACUGUAACGCACAUGAUAUGUCUAUUACCUGCAUUUUGUGUUGGUUUUCUCAGAUUUAUUUUUUUUAUUUCAGUCCGAUGUUCAAAUAAAACCUCUCCAACGAAUGCAACAGAAUCUACAUCUA